AUGGCAGAGUCUAGUGAAUUCGAGAAGAAUGGUGCAGCCGUGGACGGGGCGUCAGCGGACGACCGCUCGACAGCGGAGGGUCAAGUGUAUCGUUCCGAGGCUCACGCGGAUCUAACCAGCGAGCGGAAAUAUGUGCGAAAGCUAGAUUUGUGGCUCCUGCCCUUCCUCAGCAUGAUGUACUUCUUCAACUCCAUCGACCGAAGUAACCUGGGAAAUGCCGAAACAGACGGGAUGGGUGACGACCUGCACUUCGUGGGGCAGGAGUACUCCUUGCUUGUCCUCCUGUUUUACAUACCAAAUGGUCUCUGCGAUCUGCCCCUCAACAUGUUGACGAAGCGGUUCUCGGGCAAGAUUAUGCUUCCGCUCCUCAUGACUGGCUGGGGUGCAAUGUCCAUGCUUCAAGCCGCUUGCACCAGUUUCGCCGGCAUCUUGGUUGUUCGUCUGAUCUUGGCUGCCCUCGAAGCCGGGUUCUUUGCCGGUGCUGUGUUCUAUCUCACGCUUUUUUACACCCGCGGGGAGCUCGGGUUCCGCAUCGCUUUGUUUUUCGGCAGCGCACUGCUGGCCGCAUUUUCUGGUCUACUUGCAUUUGGCGUGUUCCAGAUCAGAGAGUCUCAUGUUAAAGGGUGGAUGUGGCUCUUUAUUAUCGAAGGUGGUAUGACGGUCAUCAUGGGGAUCGUCGCAUUCUGGUGGCUGCCAGCGACGCCCGCGACUGCUUGGUUCCUUACUGAGGAAGAGAAAGCCAUGGCGAAAAUGAGACAGCUGCGAGAUGGCUCCGGCCAAGUUGGCGAAACCUUCACCCUCAAAGACUGUUUCCGCAGCUGGAAUGACCGCAAGUUCGCAGUGUGGUGCAUCAUCAGCUUCACAUAUCCCGUGGCAUUUGCGACAACGGCAAACUUCUUGCCCCUGAUCCUCAAACGGCUCGGAUACACCACUGUGAUCACAAACCUCCUCACCGUUCCGCCCAAUGUGGUUGGGUUCUUGGUCCUCCUGGCUGUGACGCGCAGCUCGGAUAAGAACCGCGAACGCUCAUUCCAUAUCAUCGGUGCAUUGCUCCUCAGCCUGGUUGGGCUCAUCAUCUUGGCAGCGGUCCCGUCGGACACCAGCACCCUGGCACAACAAUAA